UCUCAGUCUCAUCAAUUGAACAAGCCAGAUCAAUCUCAGUCUUACCUCAAAAAAGACCAGAAAUCAGAGAUCUUUCCAUGGCAGCAGCUUUCGCAGCUCUAGUCUCUCUACAAAAUAAUCUACGCCUUAUCCGCAAUCACCCCAACCAUACCUUUUCCUUCGAGGAAGAACAGAUUCAACCUCUUUGGGGAAGGGUCUCUUUCCUGAUCGAUUUCUUGAAAAGCUACAACUAUUCCCAUGGAGCCAUAAGAGAAACAACGGAAUCUUUAGAGCUGCGAAUUGCUCGUGCAGCUCAAGAGGCAGAAGAUGUGAUCGAAGGACAUAUUGUGGAUCAGAUCCGUUGUGGAAAGACGCGAUCAUCUCGUUUCCUGCUGGAUCUGCACAAAGUAAGCGAAAAACUACAUUACAUGAGGAGAAAGGCAUUAAACGCCUUUUUCCUCCUGCUGAUAGCGCCAAGUGGAAUGUUGGAGCAGUCCACAUAUCCAUCAUCAUCAUCAUCAUCCACACAGUCAACGCCUCUUCUCACCUCUUCCAUGGUCGGAUUUGAUGAUAUCUUACUUCAACUUCUGCAUCUGCUCGCCAGAGGUCCCUUGAGUCGGCGAGUCAUCCCCAUCGAAGGCAUGGGGGGAAUCGGUAAGACUACUCUGGCCAUAAAUGCAUUUCAUCAUCCAUAUAUAGUGCAACACUUUGAUGUUUGCCUCUGGGCAACAAUAUCUCAAGAGUAUAGCAUUCACAAAAUUUUGGCACAACUCUUGUCUUGUCUGAGGCGAUCCACUAGUGGAACUUUUGAUGAGAUGCGAGAAAGGUUAUACAAGAGUUUAUUCGGGCUAAGGUAUUUGAUUGUUCUAGAUGAUAUGUGGAACCUCAAAGUCUGGGAUGAUAUGAAUGUGAAAUCCUUGUUUCCGGAUACAAAUAAUGGAAGCCGAGUCGUGGUGACUACUAGGCUUGCAGAUGUAGCUUAUCACUUGGGAGAUAAUGGUUAUGGCAUUGCAAUGAGUUUUCUGGAUGAGGCCAAUAGUUGGCAUCUAUUUUGUCAAAAUGCAUUUGCAAAGCAGCAAGUUUGCCCUCCUGAGUUGGAGGAGACUGCAAGGAAGAUAGUUGCACGGUGCAAAGGACUUCCCCUCGCAAUUGUUGUUGUCGGAGGCCAUCUCAGGAAGUCCCCAACGGCUCUAGCCUAUUGGGAGAAUGUUGCACAAUCAAUUUUGUAUUCUACAGGGAACGAUGAGCAAUGCUUGAAUGUAUUAUCUUUGAGUUAUCGAUACUUGCCUGUUCAUCUAAAGCCAUGUUUCCUACUCCUUGGAGCAUUUCCAGAAGAUGAAGAGAUUUUCGCGCAGGAUGUUGUUAAACUUUGGAUCGCUGAAGGACUUAUCCAACAUAUUGACGAUUUCAGAUUGGAAGAUGUUGCAGUGUAUUAUUUAUUUGAUCUGUUUAUGAGAAAUCUCAUUUUAGUGGAUAAGUGGGACUAUAAGGGAGCCAUAACUACAUUUAAAGUACAUGAUAUAGUAAGAGAAAUGUGUCUACAGACUGCUAAGGAAGUGCAGUUUUUAUCGGUUUUUGAAACUGCAGGAGCCAUUAUUAGAGAGCAUCGGGUUGUAAUCAGUGGAGAGGCGAAGCAUGAAACAAUAUCCUCUGAUGCUCCAGCUUGUUGUCUGAUAAGCAGCAGGGGUCGUUACAGUAUACACAAUCCGCAUGACUUGAAAUGGUUGAGAACAUUGAGUAAGGUUGUUACGACAUUAACAAGUGAGCUUAUUUUUCAACAAGUUAACUUGCGGUAUCUUAAUUUGAAUCUUGUUUAUAUCCCUCACCCGGUUCUUUAUUAUCUUCCCUCAUCGAUAUCAUUGCUUUGGAAUCUGCAAAUAUUAACAAUUAUUGUACCGGAUCAAUCAAAAGUGAUUGCACCUUACGGGAUUUGGGAGAUGCUACAGCUUAGACAGAUCGAGGUCGACCCAAUUUGUCUCAUUGAUCCUCUUCCUGUAGAUCAAGCAAAUGAGAUGGUUAUGAGAAAUCUAUACAAACUUUUGAAAGUGGAGAAUUUCAGGCUUAGUGAAGUGGUUUGCAAGAGAAUCCCCAAUGUCAGAGAACUACGGUUAUCCUAUUGUGGUAAAGUAAGUUUGUAUUAUUGUCCCCGCAAUCUUGGCUGCCUCCAUCAGCUGGAUUACCUAGCAUUGCAAUUUGAUGGCAAUACCAAUUGGCGUGAGUUCGCUACGAGCCUUACUUUCCCAAGUUCUCUUCGGGUGUUGCGUUUAAGUGGUUGCUGUGGUGUUGAUUGGGAAGAACUGACAAUGAUGGUCGGAUCAUUGCCCCAUCUUGAAAUGCUUUUAUUGUUUCGAAAUUCAGUCAUUGGAUCUGUUUGGACUCCCGUUGAGGGCAAAUUCUGUCACUUGAAAACCUUAAUUAUUGAUGGAUGUGGUGAUUUAGUGUGUUGGAAUGCUGACAACUCCCAUUUUCCAGUCCUAGAAAAUCUUAAUCUAAGAGAUUUGUCUAAACUGAUUGAGUUCCCAUCAGGCAUUGGAGAAAUAGCAACGCUCAAAAGUAUUGAUUUGAGAUUUUGCAGUGCAUCUUCGACACUUUCAGCAAUGAGAACAUUGUUGGAACAAUUGGAGUUAGGUAAUGAGAGCCUUCGACUUAAUGUAUAUUUUCGUGGUGACGAGGAAACAAUGGAGAGCUUCAAGAACGAUGUUCGAGAAGAGGGUCUCACCAGCAGUAGCAAUCUGUCUCUGCGUCUCUUCAGUUCCAAAUAA